GAACAUUUUACCGUAUUACAGAGGUGCUUCGAAAAAACUUGAAUUGUGUCCGUAUUUGGUCGUCAUAGCACCCUGUUUUACUCACGUCAUCAUGCUCAUCCAAGAAUCCCAUGUCGAUGUGCCGACCAAGGCGUCUGGGAAGGACGGAUCAAUGCGGAUCUACGUCUUUCACCCUACCAUACCCGGAUAUCCGAAUGCCAGGUUCCCCGGUGUGGUGGUAUUCAGUGAAAUCUAUCAAGUCACCGGCCCUGUCGCGAGAUUUGCACGUCAGAUAGCCGGCCAAGGUUACAUCUGCGCGGCUCCUUCGAGCUACCACGAAUUCACUGGCCCCGAGGCUCUCAAGUAUGACGCCGAAGACACCGCCAAGGGUAAUCUCUGGAAGAUCUCAAAGAAAGUUGCGGCCUAUGACGAGGAUGCUUCCUUGUCAGUAGACUAUCUCCUUUCGCUUCCAACAUGCAAUGGCCGCGUUGGCGCCACAGGAAUGUGUCUCGGUGGCCACCUUGCUUAUCGUUGUGCACUUGAUAACCGAAUCAAGGCUGCUGUAUGCUACUUUGCGACUGAUAUUCACAGUGCGAGCCUGGGUGAGGGGAAAAAGGAUGAUAGUCUGGCGCGGGCUGGUGAUAUCAAAGGAGAGCUUAUCAUGAUAUUCGGCAAAAAUGACAAUCACGUCCCACCCGAAGGUCGUGACUUGAUUCGCAAGACGUUGCAUGAGAAGGGCGUUUUGUUCAGUUUUUAUGAAGUGGCAUGGGCUCAGCACGCUUUUAUUCGUGACGAACUCAGCAAGGGACGCUAUGAUCCGGCUAUUUCGAAGAGUUGUUUCGAAAUGCUACUUGAGCUCUUUGGGCGGACUUUGAAGCUGGAUUUGGGAGAGCAUGAUGGCAAGGAGGUCAAGAUAGAGAAUGUUUGCUAGAAUUAGAAUCUUCCACGGCUAUUAUAAUCACUGUUAUAUUGCUCCUCUUAUAGGCUAGACAAAUUGUAAUUUCGUCAUUAUUGUGAUUUGUAGUAUCGGGUUUGUUUGGUCAUAUCGAAUAUUGUCGCCUUGUCAAUAUCAAUGUCAUAAAGCUUCAUAUGUCUCAUUACUCACAGUCAAUGUAGUCAUAAAAUCACAUAUCAUAUCU